AUGAAUUUAAAUAUUCUAGUUGCACCGCCACCGUCAGAGUUUAUAGAUGUCAUAGUAAAGUUGGCAAUAAAAAGAGAAAAGAAGAAGACCAACAAAGAUGAUAAUAAUAGAUGCACAAGUAACAACAACAACAACGACAACAACAACAACUAUAAACAACUAUAUAAUGACAUCGUAACAGAAAAAGGACAAGAGGAAGCAGUAUCAUGGUUAUUAUAUCUCGUUAUAAAAUGUGAAUUAUCUACUGUAUGUAACUAUAACUAUAACGAAUCUAUAUUCAAUGUUUUGAUAUCACCUAAUAAUAAUAAUAAUAAUAAUAAUGACAAUGAUGAUGAUGAUGAAACACAAACUCUAUUAAUAUCAAUAUUAAAUAUUCUAAAUGUUGGUGUCACUGAUAAUGAAUAUUUAGAUUAUCUAAAACUCAUUGAGAAUACCAUUCGAAAUCAUCGAGAUAAUCAAGUAGUCAGAGAGAUCAUUCUCAAGAUAAUGGAAUCGAUUGAUACGAAACAAGUUCAACUUGUGGCUACUGAGGAAUCGAUUGUCACUUUUAACAACAUUAUGACUAGCUUUCUCACUGAUCCUAGUAGCGUUCAAUACCAAUUACGAGCAAUUCAUGUAAUCCGAUCAAAGAGUGAAAUACGAGACAUUGAUGGACGCCAACAUUGGAUGUCGAUAGUGGAGAUGUCAAACUAUGAUAGAUACGAAUUCUACACUCCACAAUUCAAGUUUUCAAAUGACCAAGUUAUACAACAUUUACUCGAUCUAACAGAAUUGUCUAUUCAUUCCGGUGGAAAUAUCUAUUGGGUGAGCUUUGUUGAUUACAUUGACCCAAUUCAAUAUAAAUAUGUAUGUGAUGAGUUGAAUAGAUUAAUGAUAAUAAUAUUAAUAAUGAACAAAAAUACUUAUACUUUCAUAUACUACCAACAGUCAUCAUCACGAAUAUUCCCAAUAAUGCUAAAGCUAUUAUUAUAUAAAACGGGAGCUAGACAAAAAGAAAGGGCAGUGGGCUUUAUACAAAAGAUAGGAGCAAAGAUGGGAAUGAGGUAUUUUGCAAGAUAUCUAUUUGAAAUGAUACAACACUUUAUCAAAAUUGGAGAAAAGAUUGAAAUUGCACAACAAUUUCUUCAAAAGAGUUCAAAAAGACAUUGGAGAGAUUGGAAUUAUUUUUCUAUUUAUCUCCCAUCCAUUAUGAAAUCAAUCAUUGCUCAACUCAAUCAAACUCAAAAUCCCAAACAAAAACGUCGCCUCUAUUAUUUCUUGUGGGGAAUGAUUGAAGACGUGUAUCCAUAUUUCCACCACUUGGUUGACCCAAUUGUAUGCCAUCUGGUCAAUGUCAAUAUGAUGUUCCUCAUUUUAAAGGUGGUAGUGGCCAAGGAAGGAAUCAAUCAAAACAGUCAACUUUUAUUCGACCGUUUCAUGCAAUCAUUGAUGGAUCCACCACCAUCAAAGAUGAAGACACAACCAUGGUACUUGAGGAUUAAAGUAAUGGUAGAGAUGAUUGAUACUAUGCAAGGAGGUAUUUGGACAAGUCAUCAAAUACAAGUAUUCAACAAAUGUGAUAAUGAAUAUUGUCAAAAAUUGGAGAUAAUCUCUGAAAAAGAAUAUACAGAUGAAUUAUCAGAGAAUAGGUAUAAAGAUUUUGAAUCGACCCUAGUUAAUUGGAUUCGCGCUCACUCGAUUUUAUUUGACCUUUGCAACAGCAAGGUAAUGCAAACUAGUAGAGUUUUGUUACUCCAACAGACACAAACAUCUUUGGAUAAAUUUAUAACAAUGGUACCCACCACCUUUGAAAAAGGCAAAGCCUAUAAUUAUUUCCUUCCAUCUAUUGUUUGUAAAUGGGAAUUAUUAUGUGAUAACCAAAAAGACAAGGUAAAAGUAGUACUAGAUUAUUAUCCUAAAAUAGUACCACUAUUACUAGAGAAUAAUACCAUCACAGAUCGCUGUGAUGGCUACCAAUACAUGGCAAAGUCAUUUUGGAAAAUAAUCAAGAUACUCGUACAGGAACAACAACAACAACAACAACAACAACAACAACAAUGUCAAAUGCACUUGGAAAAGAUACACCAAAUGAUGAUCGAUCUGGUUGAAAAAAGCCAGGACAACCAUGUUUACUUGUUGUUGCAGGUAUUGUGGAACACAGUUUAUGAUGAAGAUGACAAUACUGAUGGCCAUUAUGAAUGCCUAUUUAAUCAAUUCAUCACAAUAGUAGAUGAUAACCAUCCCGAAAAAAAAUGUUAA